AAAACACAAUCCGCUUCUCAUCAGUUCCCUGAUGAAUCCAAAUCAGAAAUGUUCUCAUGAUAGCCACCGCAAAAAAGCCUGUUUCGGACAGUAACGGUCUACGCAAGUAACAACUGAGGAUUAGCGCUUUAAGCCAGUGGAGAGGAUAGGCUAAAACAGCCAAAAAGGUAGGAUCCUCGGUAAUUUAUGCAUCUUUUAGCGUUAAUAGGUCAAAAUUUGCGAACAUUACUUACCAUGACUCGAAGGUCAUUCGUUUUUUGGUCAAAUCAGUUUACGAAUAAAAAUAGUUAUCAAUUUGACACCUAGAGGUCUUGGCAGAUAAACUGAAGCGCAUGAGGCUGUAGUUUAUUGUAUCAGUGUUAUUGGGAGCUCAAUGGCGGUCAUCACAGAACUCGCGCGACUCUGUAUCACGUUGGAUGUUCCCAGCUUCCUUGUGGGCAAUUUGUACUUCGAACUUCAAGUUAACGUUUAUCAAAUUACAUUUACAAUUAACAAUUAGCUUCAGCUGUAGCUUGUCAACUGGCAAUGGUAAGUUUAGAAUUUGUUAAGCACUUGUACGUUUUAAUAGUGUGGGUCACUAAUUUUUAAUAUGGCCCUUAUACAGUAGUUUAUUUAACAUUAACCUGCCAGAGCAGUCAGUGACGGAAAUAUUUUGCUGCCAGAUCUGAUAUAAUCCUAUUCAAAAUUCUGUUAAACCAGAAGUUUGUGAGGCUUAUUUGUCAAAUGUAUCUCUCACGUGAACUACUCAUGCAAUGUAUAGAAACAUAGAAUGCACAUUUCCGUGAUAGUGAGUUGAAGAGUAUCAAGGUCUGGCAUCUUUCAUGUAAUUAGUGGCAUUAUAUUACGUAAGAACUAUCAUUACGUAAUAAUAGAUUUCCCUGCUUUUCCUUCCUCCUUUCCGUUCGUUCCUUUUUUAGAGCCUCCCUUCACGAAAUUAAAACUAAUUUCAGGCUUUUCAUCGAAAUAUUUUACUUUCGAAACCUCUUGAUUGUCACAAAGCCUAGCUGAAUAACGAAAGACGUGGAGGUAGGGAACCUAUUUUUUUGAACGUAUCACGUUCGAAGUUAGCCUGCGAAAACAUCCAUUUCUCUUCGCUCUUCGCCGCAGGGAACGUUUCGCACGGCGAAGAGCGAGGAGAACCGGAUGUUUUCGCAAGCUAGUUCGAAGUUCGCUUAGCCAUGUAGCCUAGAAAGCUCAAAGAUCGCUCUCUUUGCAACGAAAAUCAAAGAAAAACCGUUAAACAACAAUUUCAACGUUGUCACAAUACAAAUGACACUUCGGUCCUUUUAAAGCCAACAUGCCCUAUAGUUCAGUACUCUCUAUAGACAUUUAGUUCUGCCCUGCCUAUUUGUGAAACAAAAACGACCAUAAGGGCCAGAGUAUAUUUUAAUACUCUAAACCCUGUAAGAGGUACCAAUCCACUCGACAACUUUUACCCCUAGGAGCACCCCCAGUCUUCUUACAGGGCAGUAUCACCCCCACCCCACCCCAGGGAAGAUGUGAGGACAUUCACAUGAGAAAUCAAGAGCCGAGGACGAGUGAUUUACAAGCUCUUCGAACGUUUUUCGUUCUUCUGCUUUUAUAUUACAAUGAUCUGUAAUUUUCUAUCAGUUUACGUAUAUAACAAACAAUAGGCUUAUAGAACACGCGAAGUACCUCAGUUACUUUAUAAAAAGCCAAAAUAUAUUCAUUGACUCUCCAAACAACAAAUAUGACAGUCUUUGUUUACCUUAGCCACUACAAACUUUCUAACUAAGCUGUACUGACUACAAACGAACAAGUUUCCAAGUGCUACUAUCCCUAUUAUGUUUGCGUGUUUUAUUUUUCUCCGUGGUAUCAGUCAGUCUGCAGAACCGGGCGGCACACCCCCACCAGGAAUUCGCAGGAGUACCCCCUCCCCCCCCCGGGCUUUACACGCUCGACAAUCUGACAGGUUUCUUACUAUGCAAGUGCUACUAUCCUAUUAUUGCUUGCGUGUUUUGUUCGUGUCUUGCAAAUACUUUUCUCCAUGGUGUCAGUUUUUUCGCUCACUUUGCGUGUUCUUUGUUCUUAUGCUCGGCAAUCUGACAGGUUGAAAAUUAAUUACUUUCUAAUUGCACGAUGAUCAAAUAUUUUGAUCCCUUUUGGCAGUUCGUAGAUGUGUUUAAAAACGCUGACAUAUUAAAUUCUGGAAGCAGAAUACUGCAAUGCUGAUCGUAAUACGUGAAAAUUAACUGUGCAAGACAUCAACACGACACCGAAAGAACUCAAAACAGAGCGGGAUUGUAGCCAUAGACAGCUGUUUCGCUCUCUUUGUCUUUAUAGAUCCUAGGUUCUUCGGCAUAUUCGUUUGCGGCCCUUUGCAGUCCCUUGUGGUUUUAAAUGUUUGUACUUUAAAAACGCUAUCCAAGACUAAAAAUAGAAAAAUGUGCUGAAACUAGUUCCAUUAGAAAGGGACUAUUAACAGAUGAUGUGGGGUUAAUCGUCUUACUGAUUAAGUAUACUCAGCUUAUCUGUGACUAAUGAAACUGAUCCUACAAACUGGGGCUUUUUUUUUCGCGCCUAGGUGAAAAGGAGUGGCUAGUUCAAUAAAAAAAGUCUUUACCAUAAAGCAAAUCAUCUACUUGUUUAUUGCGCUAUUCACACCGACUAAGCAUGUUUAAUAAAACCCGGUUUUGAAAAAUAAAGCAGACAUGUGAAACUGGAACACAGGUUUCUAAACAGGAUUCAAAUGAAAUUCAAAAUGUUUUGUCAUUGCACUAAAUUUGCAAUCAUAGUAAGCAGGUUUUAUUAUGAAGGAAACAAUUUUAAACCGUGUUUACUAAACAGCCAAAAAGUCGAACUAAAAAGUAACCUAGCGAUCCCCGAUCGUCUUUGUCGCAUGGCUUCAAUUGCUACCCGGCUUCUCCUGACGAAUCAACACGAUCGCUGAACCUACCGGUAGAACUCUUAUCAUGGCGGUCUUGUAACCUGCCACUUUUAGUAUCCUCUGAGAUCAGUAAGAUUGUACGUAUCGUAAACAACAUCAUUUGUCCAUCCCUUUUAGGGACGAAAAAACUGGCAAAUCAACUCGAGGAGAUUAAGAUCCAAAACACGUGAGGAUUGUUUCAAUAAGCUAAGAUAAGGUGCAUAUGUUUGGCUAGAGUUUUAACGUUUCCCUCAAAAAUCGUUGGGUUAAACACAACAUUACUAGAUGUAUUACCGCGAGUCACCAAAGCCUACAAAAUGAUAUUUGCCAACAGCUGAACAGUAGAAAGAAGAUAGUCUAUAUUUACAGGAAUAUAAGUUUAUGUGAUGUUCUACUCUUCAACCUCUUUACCAAGGCACAGACCGGACAGAAUGAUUGGCACGAAAGGUUCCUGUGCGAGGUGCGGCCCCUACCCAGGCCAAUCCCACAGCACAUCAAAGUUAAACAAGUUUAAAUCAGUAACCAAAAGGCUAAACGGACGAAAACUCUUUUUUUUUUCUUUUGUUUUAGAAUCAGCAGUGGAACGAAUAAGCAUUUUUUCCGAUAGAGAAUAGGUACAUAAUUGCAAGGGAAUGGGCUCCUGAUAAUUGUUCGUAUAGUCAUAGAGGGAUGGAAUUAAGCCUCGUUGGUGGAUAGCUAAGGAUAGUUUAGGGAUAGUCGCUUUAGGGAUAGUCUAUGACGUCACCCAUUGUUUUAACCUAGAGAAAACACGAAAGAAACUACUACAGAGAAACUACUCUCCACUAGACUAUCCUCUGCAUUUGACGAGGUGAUCUAGACGCAUGGUUGACAACAAACAAAUAGCAAGCUUCAGCUUUCAAGUUCUCAGCCCCAAAUGUUAACCUUUUGUGUCGACUUAAAAGAAUUUCAAUUAGUACACAACAUUAAAAAUUGUCAAUAUCAAACUUAGCUUUCCCAGCGCACUCGCCACAGGUAACAAUGCCCUAUAGUUUUUCUGUUAUAGGAGAUCGAAACAAAAGAUAAACCGAGGGACUUUUAGUAGCAGGGUAACAAUUUCGAUGAACUUAAGUUGCAUGAACUAAAGUUAAAUUCAAUUUCCUCUGUUACAAGCAUACGCUCGAGACCAAAUUACAAGACCUCGAGAAGAUGUUGAACUCUUCACGACAGGUUGCAGAAGAAGCGUCUUGGAAACAUUUGACGGCGCUGUGGUCCGCAGAGAAUAAUGCAAAGAAAGAAAUUGACAAGGUGUGGACUGCGAUGAACGAAACAGGAAAACAACUUGACGAGAAACUAGUGAAAAUACGACACAACCUUACUGGGCAGGUAACUGAACCGUUGUAAAGUUACGACUCAUAACUUCCCUCUGCGUCGGCACGAGCAAUUUUUUUCAUAGGCGGAUCAAUGGCUAAAGUUAUAGUUUAUUAGGUAAAACUUGGCAAAUUUUGAUUCUGUACCAGUCCUUCUGCCAUAGUAUAGAGAAUGGCACUGAAUCAAACUUCGGCAACAAAAAGUAAUUUUGAUCAGGUGAUUUGUCGCGUGACCAAAAGGUAGAAGAAUACUUCAAGAUUUUCAUUCAGGGAAAAAAUUUUACUCCGCUGCUCUACUUGAGAUGAGCUAAAGAAUAAUGUUAUCAAUAAAUUAAAUUUUCGUACAUAUACUAUUUUGGAAUACACCAGUUAAAUAACGAACAUUCAGAUAAUCCAGCUGUGUAGUGUGCUUCAUCACAUGAAGCAGUAUAGGCUAUGAACUGGAUACCCAGAACUUAAAUUGAUCAUGAUAUGCACGGAAGAAUUGUCCAGCAAGAUAUUUUAGGUAUAUAUGCAUGCUUUCCAAACUUCCCAAGUCCUUCAGUAUAUGCUCCCCGCAUGUAAAUGAUGACUUUUUAAAAAUGUAAGUGAACUUUGACAUACAGUGUAGCGAGUAAAAUGCCUUCGGCGAAAUUAUAAUUUUUUUUUAUAAUAAGAUCUCCUCACUGCGCGCAGUAUCUCACUCGCGUACUAAGGAAAAACAAGGAUAUAACUUGUGAUUAUUGCAUGAUAACUAGCUUGAGCGAAUGCAGUAACACUUCGCUUGCUGUUCUUAGAUUAACAACGUAGGCAAAAUUGCCGGACCCGUUGGACCUCCGGGAUUCAAUGGAAGUCAAGGACCCGCGGGGCCUCCGGGGCCCAAAGGAGCUGGAAACUUCAGCACGUGUCAGUAUAAAGUAAAGACAGAAGCUCGUGGACGAGAUCAAACGGCCUAUGUGGACGAGCCCACUGUAAGUCAGUACAAGUGUAAGGUGUAAUACUUGUUUUCUUACUUUGUCAGGCAGCCCCGUUCAAUUGCACACCUGACUUAAAGAGCCUACAGUAUGUCACGACGAUAUUCCUCGUAUAUUUUAUGCUAAUUCUGUGUUGAAGUCAUCACUUAGUACUUUAACAAAUUUUACCAGGGGGCACUAACCAUGAUACUUUUUUGUGAUUUUUGCGGGCGAAAGGAAACAGUUUCAAUACCUAAAUAAAAUCUUAAAUAACAAAACUGGUUUAAGCUUGCACAAGGCUAAUGAGAUAAUUUGUAUGCUUCUUAUCCAGUUCGUGGACAGAAGAUGAUUAUUGUUCUUAUUAAUUUUUAGUUAUUCUUUUUACAUUUAGUGAAAAAGUACAACUCCCUAUUUUUUUCUCCCUUAUAUUUUAAAAGUUGCCUUCACUAGAAAAAGAUGCGAGAGCGUCACACGGCUAAGGAGAAGCACAAAAAACUAACCCUCUAUAUUGUCUUGUUUCUCUUUCCAGGGCCAUAUUAUAAUAGCAGCAACCUGCUCUACAAACUACGCCGAAGAUAUUGAGUUUAGAUCCGCCAUUGUGGUCCAUCCAAAACGGCGAUAUAUAUGCGACUGCAGGGGCGUCAAGUAUAGUAGGCAAAACCCUAAGAACUGUUCCCUUCACUACUGGGUAUGCGUAAAAACGUAAUUACGAACAAAUCCACAGCAGAAACAGUUUGAGGUAAUUUUCAAGCGCAAAAGAAAAGACGCCUUGUCUUUCGAAAAUGACGUAUCUGACGCUUUAAACGAUUCCUUUCUACCUCCCCUUUCCUAUCUAAAUUAGUUCUAAGAGUUUCGAUAAACGGCUCUUAUUUUAAUAAUUCCUUAAUAUGUGAAAAGUUCGUCUUUAUAAAGAAAUUCAACAUUGCAAGGUUAAUUAAAAUCUCCUUUAAUCUGGACACCUUUUGUUUAGAGGUUGGUAAUUUAUCGAAAAAUUAGACGCUAUAAUAAGUUGCGCGCCUAUCUAACUUUACAAAGGAGGUGUGAAAAAAUGGUUAGAGGAAAUACUGCACCGUUUUAUAUUGCGAAACUUGAGCGAAGUCAUAUCAGUCAUGUUUAUCUGUUCCAGGCUAUGUCGUGGUCAGUUACAAAUGUUAGGUCAGGUGAGCUUAAAUCAUAACAAAGCACUAAUCUAUUCUCAGAUAAUUUUUUAAUUACUGGCAAAAAGAAAGAUUGCGAAUGAUCCUAUCCAAGAGGAAAAAAAGCAGAUUUGAUUUUUAGUCACUCAACUUCCGUAAAGCUUCUUCCAACAGAACUUCGAUGU